CAUCAGGAUCCUCCGGCCAGCAAGGACUGAGGCACUCACUGCCAACAUAGAAUUGACAGACGCGAAGAUAGUGUGGAGAUGCCGCUUGAUGAGCGGCAAGGAAACAGAUGGCAGGUUGCCACAGGACGCCAGCUUCGAGCUUUUCAGUGAGAAGCUGGACAGGCAAAUCGAGGCAAUCAUGUUCAGGGAGGGAGAGAACUGGGGCAAUCCCAGGCAGGUUGAUCCCAGACAAUCGGUACUUGGUGUGAUGAGGUGAUGCUGCGCACUGUCGGGCGGUACCACCUGGCGAUGCAGGUGUAUGGCUUGGAAGCACGGCGCCUUCCACCCGAAGUCUAAGACAUUUGACAUAAACUGGAAGAACGCCCCGCAAGACCUGAGCGAGUUUGAGGAUCACCUCAUGACGCAUAUCGGUGAGAGUGCGCCUGCUCAUGUUCGGCAACACUUUUUGGAAGCGCUGCAGAAGCAAGUAUCAGAAGCAGAGACAUACGACUAUCUCAAUCUCUAAAGGCUGCGAGAAUUCGACCCGGGGCUGACGUUGUUGAAGCAUUCUUGGACCCAAACCGCUGUGGAGCAGGCAGCUUUUUCUGCCAGGUGUCCAGUGUCAGUUCGCCCGCCCGUCAUGUUUUGUUUUCUCAAGGGUAACAGAGGACGUGUUUUGACUAUCGGCGUGACGUCACCCAAUGGAUCAUGGCCGCCGUCGGUGGACCGUGACUUGCAAAAUUCACUCAACUUGAACGAUUGCUUGCAGGACCUGAGCAAGAUGACUGAGGGCAGAUUUCAGAGGUUUGUGCGCUCGAUGGAAAGCUCUACAGACUUGUUGACAGACUUGUUGACUGAUGGGGCGUUCGUAGAGUUCAAAACUUCUGACUUCGAACCCUAUCAAUUGUUGCAGCUGCUACACGUCCAAUUCCGCCUUUGUCUUGGAUUUCCCGCCCUUGUGGAGGAGGGCUUUAACCCAAAGCUGGCGUGCGCGUUGGCUGAGAUGCUGCGAUUGGAAUUCGAUGGAAAGCUGAAAGAUGCGAAAGAUGUGAGAGGCUCGUUGCUUCUCACCCUGGAGCAAAAGCCCUCAGAGUCGCAAGAGGAACUGUGGGAACGCGUGCAGUCCAAGUGUCGCCCAGAGGACCUCCCCAAGCCCGUGAAGUUUAUUGAGCUGAAGGAGCCGGCCAAGCGGGGGUCAGUUGCCAGGUUGGCUAAACUGCUCCCCUUUCCGUCACGGAACCCAAAUGGUUCUGGCGUUGCUCUUAGAGCUUCGGCAUUUCUGUUUUUGUGGCUACGGUCUACCUCUUUAUCUUUUACAGCCGUUUGAUUUCAACA